CGCUCGCAACUUCAAACCAAGCAAUAACACCCCGUAUCUACCUCCAGAGGUAAGCCUGGAAUUACUAGCGCUACGUUAGCGUAUUCAAGCUAAUAUUAUUUAUACAAAAGUCUGCUAAUAACAAUGUAGACUUAAAUCGGGGGUUGUGUGCAUGUUGUGACAUUCAAACGCUGGUAUUUGUAUAUUUUAUUGCUUUCCCUCUCGCCAGGCAUUUUUUUAUUCUUCUGACUUGUCUUUGAACCGGCAGUGACACGUAGCUAGUAAAGUAAAUGCAAAAUGAAUGAGGUGAAUGUGUUAGGCUAACAUUAGCAAUCUAACAUUUGCUGCUGCAUUUUUUUUCUUUUCUUCUUUUCACAUAAGUUUUGAAUUCGUAAACCCAUCGUGUAUUUAAUUAAAAGCCGCUUGCUGUAGUUUGCUAGUAUUUUGCUAGCUAGCAGAAGAGGAACAGCUGUGUUUGUAAAUAUCUAACAGGGGGAGGGGGUGUGUACUCGGUCGACCCAUGUCGAGCUAAUGUUACUAUUUUGACCUGACAUUCACUCAGCUAAGGACUGUGUUACUACACAGUAACGAAAUAUUACUUGGAUCACUUGAUUAUAACGGCUGAAGAGGGAAAUAUAGAGUACAAGCUGAAGCUGGUGAACCCCACGCAAUACCGCCUUGAGCACCUGGCUACACAGAUGAAAUGGCGACUGCAGGAGGGUCGAGGUGAAGCUGUUUAUCAAAUAGGUGUUGAGGAUAAUGGCAUGCUGGUGGGACUAUCAGAGGAAGAUAUGAGAACAUCGUUGAGGACCCUCCAUAAACUGGCAGAGAAGGUUGGAGCCGACAUUGCUGUUCUCAGACAAAGAGAGGUGGACGAUGACUCUGAUGUGCCUCGUAAGAUUGCAGAAGUUCUCAUUCGUAAGGUGCCAGAUGACCAGCAGUUCCUGGACCUGCGAGUAGCGGUGCUGGGUAAUGUGGACUCUGGCAAGUCCACUCUGUUGGGUGUUUUGACACAGGGUGAGCUGGACAAUGGACGGGGGCGAGCAAGGCUCAACCUCUUUAGACAUCUACAUGAGAUCCAAACUGGACGCACUUCAAGUAUAAGCUUCGAGAUUCUUGGCUUCAAUAGCAAAGGAGAGGUUGUGAAUUACAGUGAGUCUCGGACAGCAGAGGAGAUUUGUGAGAGUGCUUCUAAAAUGAUAACAUUCAUUGAUCUUGCGGGUCACCACAAGUACCUGAAGACCACCAUCUUUGGCCUCACCAGCUACUGUCCGGAUUUCGCUAUGCUGGUCGUCAGCGCAAAUACCGGCAUUGCUGGAACAACACGGGAGCAUCUCGGACUUGCCAUGGCCCUGAAGGUGCCCAUCUUCAUUGUCAUCAGUAAGGUUGACCUCUGUACGCGGUCCACAGUUGAGCGCACUGUGCGGCAGUUGGAGCGUGUCCUGAAGCAGCCGGGCUGCAACAAGGUGCCCAUGGUCGUUAGCAGUACGGACGAUGCUGUCACAGCAGCGCAGCAGUUCGCCCAGUCACCCAACAUCACACCUAUCUUCACAGUAUCCAGUGUGUCUGGAGAAAGUCUAGACUUGCUCAAGGUCUUCUUCAACAUCAUCCCUCCUCUCAGCAACAGCAAGGAGCAGGAAGAGCUUAUGCAACAGCUAACUGAGUUUCAGGUGGAUGAAAUCUACACAGUGCCAGAGGUGGGGACUGUGGUUGGAGGCACUCUUUACAGUGGUAUUUGCCGUGAGGGAGAUAAUCUUGUAGUAGGGCCCACAGACUCGGGCCAAUUCCACAAGCUCACCAUCGGGAGCAUCCAAAGAAACCGUUCAGCAUGCAGGGUACUCAGGGCCGGCCAGGCUGCCACACUAGCUCUGGGCGACUUCGACCGCUCGCUACUACGCAAGGGCAUGGUGAUGGUGAGUCCAGAGAUGGAUCCUACCAUCUGCUGGAUGUUUGAGGCUGAGAUUGUGCUGCUCUUCCAUGCCAAGACCUUCCACAAGGGCUUCCAGGUCACUGUGCACAUUGGCAAUGUGAGACAGACCGCUACUGUGGAAGCUGUGUACGGCAAGGCGGAGCUGAGGACAGGGGAGAAAGCAGUGGUUCUCUUCAAGUUCAUCAAGCACCCAGAAUACCUGAAAGUGGGAGCUAAGGUGCUCUUCAGAGAGGGCGUGACUAAAGGUAUCGGCCACGUCACCAAGGUGCAGUCCAUCGCCCACUACCGGCCAUCCCAAAGCGACGACGAUGAAGCCUAAAGUUACUUGGAGUAAACAACAGAAAACCCCGUCCCAUCCAAAAACAAGGUGCUUUAUAAACAACCACCUGCUUUCUCCAAAGGCCACCCUGUCCCGUUCCUUGCACAGUAAAUCCCUGUCACAGGAGAUUGUUGUUGUAUCAACAUUUUCCCAAGCCUUGUUGUCACCACCCACCUCAUUUGUCACAUUCAGCCUUUUAUAUAACUUAAAUAGUUUGAAGAGUGUUGCUUUUCACGGCACUGAUAAGAGGAAACCCCUCAGCCACCUCUUUAACACAUUCACUUAUCAACAUUUACCAAAGUGAUAUGAGUGUCAAGAAUACACAGCUGCAAGUGGCAACUAGGAAAUUGCUUACACACAUCUACAUUGAAGUGCUGCCUUCAGAGUUUACACCUACAUGCACUCCUAACAGAAAAAAAGAUGCUUACACAGACUUGCACUGAAACAUAAAUGCCAGUGUUGGUAUACCUUUGACUGAUCAUUGUUUACAAGCAGUAUGAGAUGCUUGGACAUUAAGGUGUAACAUCUAUCACCAGUGUAACUGUUUUUAUCACUCAAUGGCAGCUUGUCUGUUCAACCAGCAUUGUGCCUGACUGAAGAGGACAUGCCUCACUGUAUCUUAAUACUCUUAAAUCAUACCCUUUUCUUAUUUAACCGCUAAUUAAUUAUGUAAGACAAUAGUAAAAGCAUUGAGAUACAUAUGUGGCACUCGGACACAGCUUGUCAGUUGUAUAUAAGCUAAGCCACCUUUCUUCAAGCUAUAAUAUUGCUGACAAUGGCACUUUAUGAAGGUAAAGGAAAGCGUUGCGAGGUAUGCAAAGUCACAACAUGACCCAGUUUGUUUGUCAGCCUGCCAAGAUAACCUCACACUGGCAAUCACCUUUUAAGUGGUUUUGUGAUGUCAAACGUCUUUGAGAAUUAUGUUUUUUAUUCACAAGUAAUGCCUCACGAUAGCGCAGCGGGACGGUAAUGAUCUCGCUGCCUGUCCUUUAAGUGCUUUAGUUACUCAGGUCAGUUUAGAUAUUAGACAGCAUUCCACUCUCACAGAACUACUCCAGUGGAGGUUUCUGUUGCUGACUUGGGGGGAGGGAAGGGAGGUUUAAGGAAAAAAGAAAGACAAGGGUGUUUCUCCCAAAGAGAUAUUUGAUUAUGGAUUAUAAAAUAUGUGAAGCUGCCUUCUGAUGCAGCUUUGUUUUGAAGCAAUUAUGCUUGAGGUACUUGAUGUCGUCUC